UAGCAUUUGAUGGCUGCAUUGUUAUAAUUAUAUGUUUGAUCAGGGCAUUUUAUUUGCUACUUCAUAUUCUAAAAAAGUUAUUUCCAUAAAUAAAUAAGGAUCUUAGGUGCUAUUGUUAUGUUGUUGGGUUCAUUUGUCUGUGCUUGCUAUUUGAUAACUUUUCCUGCCCUUUGGUUUUAUGCUUUGCUACAAUGCUUUUUUCUUCUUUUGUAUCAAUGAUUCAAGAGAAUUUGCACCUCAGUUGUGCUUUAUCAUAGAAAUGCUAAUUCGUUAUUUGAAUUAUUUUGUAAUAUUUUAACAUGAAUUAACAUUGAUUCAUGAUUUUAAAGCCUUUGAAUAAAGUUAAUUGUUUUAGUUCAAUGAAUCUUCAUGAUCCAGAAAGGUCAAAGGUAAAUAUAACGUUAAAUGUGAAUUGAUUGCUCAAUAGUCAAGACUGCGCGUGGGGAGAAUGUGGAACACGCGCUUUGCGGAUACCUUUUUAUUACAGUCCUUGCCCUUAUAUUCUCGUGUAUUUACCACAAACCUAGGUUAAAAAAGUUUUGAGUGAAGUGAAAGAAGGAAGAGACCUUUCACAGUUUAUUUUCGAGGAGAAACUCUGUUGCUUAUAUGGAACCUAAGAAUGAAUCAGGGCCAAUUCCUACUGGAUGGACUUUAUUAACCGAAGUGCUACCAGAUGGUUCCAUAGUGGCGUUCUAUUACUGUCCGAGUACUGGAAAACGCUUCUAUUCCUACUCUGAUCUGAUGUGUUAUGUGAACUAUGCUAAGAAAACAAAGCUUGGUCUCUAUGCACUGGGUACGGAAUUACUUAAAAGGAAGAGGACCGAGAAUGAUACCACCCCUGUCCCCGAACCCAAGAAGACAUCAACUAUCUUGUCACUUCCAAAGGAUUCAAAAUGCUAUAGUUCAUCAGGUGACGAUUCAUCAAGUGACGAUUUGUUGAGUGACGAUUCAUCCAGUGACGAUUCGUCCAGUGAAGAUUCUUCGAGUGAUGAUUCAUCGAGUGACGAUUUGUCUAGCGAUGAUUCAUCGAGCGACGAUUCAUCAAGUGAUGAUGACAGUAGUGACCCUUCUAUUUCAAAUGAAAGCAUUAAGAAGGAUGAAGAUUAUGCAGAGUCAGUUGGUAGUUGUUCGGUUGAGUCAGUGGGUAGCUGUUCGGUUGAUUCGGAAACUAGCGAUGCUACAUCUGGAACGACUCAGGUCCUAAAGUAAGAGAAGAAUGAACUAGCAAAAUGAUGAUUCAGGCUGCUGCUAAGUGCUUAUUGUUAUGUCUACUUAAACAAACCACCUUUUGCUCCUGUGAGCUUAUUUCAUAUACUCUUGUUUUUCCUUUAUUUCUGGUAUGCAAAUAAAAAAUGCCUCGGCAUUGACUAUCUAUACAUUAAGAACCGUUUUGUUGGCCCUUUUCUAGGAUGGAUUUUUAUAUACAACAUUGUCAUGUGUUUGUGUUGUUGA